GAAGUCACUCAACGGUCCCCACCAGAGCAGUGAGCCUUGUGUGUGUGUGUGUGUGUGUGUGUGUGUGUGUGUCGGUCCCCACCAGAGCAGUGAGCCAGGUGUGCGUGUGCGUGCGCGUGCGCGUGCGGUCGGACUCUUCCUGGUUGUGUGUUGUGAUCUCGGGACCGGGCCGAGCAGGGAUGACGACCCUCCCGCUGGACCGUGUGAGCCGCUAGUGGAGAAGAGUUCGUGGAACCGGCGCUGACCGGGAUGUGGGCGUCCUGCUGUAACUGGCUGUGUGUGGACUCGGCGGACGUGGAGCAGUCGGACGAAGCUCAACGUCGUCAUCGGUCCUACACCAACUCUGCCUUCAACUCCUCUCCUCCUCCACCUGAACACACCUGUACGGCCUGCGGGGGGCGCUUUGACACGCCCAACAAGAAGCAUGUCUGUGUGGAUUGUAAGAACAACUACUGCAGCCGUUGCUCCGCCCAGCGCGAGCCCCGCCCCCGCCUGUGUCACACCUGUCAGCGUUUCUAUGGGAACCUGCUGGAGCGGGCGGAGCUUAUGAAGCUGAAAGUGAAGGAGCUCAGAGACUACCUGCACCUGCACCAGGUCUCCACCCACCUGUGCAGGGAGAAGGAGGAACUGGUGGAGCUCGUCCUGAGUCAACAGUCUUCACCUUCCAGCGACUCCGCCCCCUCCGCCACCUUGACCCCUGACCCUCCAUCUGUGACCCCUGACCUGACACCUCACACGUCCACCUUGACCUCUGACCCCCCGACACCUGCCUCAAACCCGAUCUCUGACCCGUCUGCUGCACUGCCCGAAGACCCGACUCCUCCCACAGAGACCGGCCCCACCGAGCCGGAUGCUCAGGAUGAAGACCAGACUUGGGACCCCGAGGAGCCGUCGGUGCCCGGCCGCCGGGCGUCUCUUUCGGACCUGAGCUGUGAGGACGACAUCGAGGAACUCAGCGUCCGGCAGCUGAAGGAAAUCCUGGCCCGGAACUUCGUGGACUACAAAGGCUGUUGCGAGAAGUGGGAGCUGAUGGAGAGAGUUCUCCGGCUUUACAAGGACCAGCAGAACCUCCUGGCUGCCAACACUGUGAACGCCUCAGCGUCCGGCGGCGGCGCUGCAGGUCUGGAGGAGAACCUCUGUAAGAUCUGCAUGGACUCUCCCAUCGACUGCGUCCUGCUAGAGUGCGGUCACAUGAUCACCUGCACCAAGUGCGGUAAGAGGAUGAGCGAGUGUCCCGUCUGCCGCCAGUACGUGGUCCGAGCCGUCCACGUCUUCAGGUCCUGAACGCACCGAGCCAGACCUGGACCCAGGACCAAGACGUCGUCUUCCUAAAGGGACAAACUGUGCUUUCAUUUUUUCUUAACUCUAUUUUUCUACUGUAAAAAUGUCGAGGAGUAAGAAGUGACCUUAUCUGACCUUCAGACACAGACACUGUUUACAGUGUGCAGUGACUCUACACUGUAAAAAAACAGUAAUGAUCUCAGACACUCGAACGCCUCAGUGACCUGUGACCUCUGACUGUCUCUUCCCUCAGACCAAAGCUGAGAUUCCUUCACCUCUUUUCUUAUAACUCGCUCAUGGAUCUCAGAUUUUUAAGAACACGCCAGCGGACGUUUCCUGCCGUCAGCAGGGUCAUGACCUCACGCUGAGCCCCCUACUGUUCUUGUGCAUAUUGCAUCUUGUAGAUGUGUAGUGUUUAAUAUCUGAGGACAUGAACAUCUGCCACAGCAGGCGGACACAGGACACGCGAGGCCGCCGUGACGUGUAACUGAGGCCUUUUGUUAUUCAGGGGUUUUUCUUGGGAAUUGAUCUUUUAGGGAAUUUUUUUUAUUUAAAACAUGUUACACACACUGAUUCCAGUGUUUUCAGUCCAAGUUUGUCACACGUGUGAUUAAUAUUUAGGGGCAAUAAUGAAACGUGAUUUAAUAAAGCAUUCGUAUAGAUUCAAACUGAUGAUAUUUUUGUAGGGCAGUGACUUUCUGUUCACGACAACAGGAACGAAGUUCAGAGACUCGGUGCUGACGUGGUUGUGUUGAGUUUGAAAAGCACUUGAAAUGGAAGAGAUGAAUUCAUUCCUGGGACGUGGAUCAUCUGGUCUGACUCUUCAGAGAACCAGACUGUUCCUCUGGAACAACGGAGGCUCCAGGACGCGUCCCUGAGGAACUCCCACAGGACUUGUUCCUCUUCACCAGCAGAGCACAACGUUCAGCAGUGAAGCUCUUUGAUUUGAAGUCGUCUUUGCUGAUCUGCUGAAACAUUCAGACAAAGAUUCUCUUUAUCGAUAGAGUUUUGGAUGAAUAAUGACCUGUUGUCCUGUUUAUGUUUUUCUUGGUGUUUUUGUUCGAUCAUUAACUUUUGAGUUUUGCUGUGAAUGUUUUUUUUUUUGUGAACUGAUAAAUUUAAAGCCUUUCUGACUUUG